AUUUUCAAAACAGCCAAGAGGAUCAGCCUGAGUGGUUUUAAUGGCCUUCCUGGUCGCCAGCGCCUACGCCGGUAACUUAGGUGGUGGUGCCGGUGGCCUGGGACCGGCUGCAGCAGGGCCUGGCGGCCCAGGGCUCAAUGGAGGUGGUGGUGGUCUGGGUCCUGGCCUUGGCGGUGCCGGCGGCGGCCUCGGUGAUGGUCUCGGAGGAGGUCUCGGAGUCGGCCUUGCGGGAGUCCUUAGCGCCGCACUGGGUGGUGGCGUGGGCGGCUUAGCAGGCCCUGCAGUAUCCACAGGUCCGGUGUCCGUGGGCGCCCCCGUUGCCGUAAGCCAGACCGUGUCCAUUCCAGCGCCAGUGGCGACACCCGUCGCUACUGUAUCUUUCCUGAAGCAGCCCGUAAUACACCUUAAGUACGUCACCAAGCCAGUGGUGAGCUACGUACGCCAUCCGGUGGCCACCGUCCACCACGCCAUCAGACCUGUGGUGCACGUCACGCACGCCGUUGCUGCGCCGGCCAUCGCAGCCACCCCAGCUGUGGCUGCUGCACCGGUCGUGCUAGGCGGGUUCGGCGGACCAGCGUUCGUCGGCGGAUUUGGUGGCCUCGGGGGCCUUGGAGGCGUGGGCCUAGCGGGCUCAGGCUUUGGGGGUGGCGGCCUCGGAGGCAUCGGUCUCGGUGGCGUCGGUCUCGGAGGCGCAGGCCUCGGAGGCCUCGGAUACGGUGCGGGGGGACUGGGUUAUGGAGGCGGACUGGGGGGUGGGCUCGGCGGCGGACUCGGCGGCGUCGGUAAUGGAGUGGUGGUCAAGGCCAAGCAUCUGAAGUCCUAA